CCGCGUCUGCCGCUGUAAGAAUGGGACCUUCUGCCCCCCAGAUCACCCAUGUGAAAUAUGUCUACCAUGCACUACAAGUUGUCCCCCUGGUCAAGUGCUUCAGCAGCCCUGCAAUUCUACAUCCGAUACUCAGUGCAGUAUCUCAGCGGAUCAUCACAGAAAACGGCUCAUCUGGAUCUACAUCCUGGUCCCUAUUCUCCUCUUCAUCAUCGUCUUCCUAUUUACCUUUGUAAGGUGAAACAGUAUAACGUGUUCAGCUUGUGUCUGAAUGUUCUUAAUAGGGCUUCUUCCAAGUUACAGUCUGAAGAACCCAACACAAUGAUUCCUCUGUUACCUUUAAGUUUGCCAGAAGGAACAGAUCAUGACAAUGAGGAUAACACCAUCCGCAGAGCAUUUGACAUAUUUGCUAAAACUGUAAAGCCUAAGGAGUGGACAAGGUUUAUGAGAUCCCUUCGUCUGUCAGACACUGAUAUCCAAGAUGCAGAACUCACUUUCCCGAUGAACUUUUAUGAGCAGCGUUACAACAUGCUUACCACAUGGAGAGAACAAACCGGCAGCAACAAUGUGAACACUUUACUGCAAAACUUAUAUUCUCUCAACAUGAGAAGGACAGCAAAUGAUAUUAUUAAAAAACUGAUUCAAGAACAGUUGUAUGUGUCAAACACAUAGUGCUGUAAUGACCAUGUAAGUUAAUACUGAACAAAUGUAAAUACUAAUUUAUUUUCUUUUUUUUAUAAAAUAAAAAAAUAAAUCCCAAA